UCCUCUUAUUCUCGUCGCUUCAGUUGUGUUUGUUUUCAGGUCCAAUAAUACCUCAACUCGCCAGAUCGAGGAUAUGAACGCAAAGCUGGGUUUGCCGCAAGCCAGGCGGCGAACUGCUGCGGCCAUCGUCUUCCUCUUCAUCGUGGCCUCGACGUUGUUACAAUUGCAGAGCUCGGCGCUUGAACAAUCUACUCGUGAUCCAGACACCAUUACGGACAAGGUCAAUUGGUCGGACUUUGCAUACACGCAAUAUGUCACCAAUACCAACUACUUGUGCAACUCCGUGAUGCUUUUUGAGAUACUCGACCGCUUAAAGAGCAAGGCCGAUCGAUUGAUGUUAUACCCAGACAGCUUCUCCACUGAACAAGAUUCGCUCGAGGGCUCGCUGCUCCGCAAAGCUCGUGACGACUAUGGGGUCAAACUCGUACCUGUUCAGGUGCAAAUUCGGGAAGGCGUUGAAUUUACGUGGAAGGAGAGUUACACCAAACUCCUUGUAUUCAACCAAACCCAGUAUAAGCGUGUUUUGCAUUUAGACUCGGAUGCAACCAUUCUCCAGCCGAUGGACGAAUUAUUCUUACUCCCGCCUAGCCCUGUGGCCAUGCCGCGAGCAUAUUGGCUUGGUCCAAAUGACCACACGCUCGCUGUCCAUGUACUCCUGCUCCAGCCGUCCGAGUCUGAAUUCAACCGUGUAAUGGCUGCUGUCUCUGAUGCGGGUUCAUCAGAGUACGACAUGGAGAUUCUGAAUCGCUUAUACAACAACACCGCACAGAUUCUACCGCAUCGGAGGUAUGCGUUACUAAUGGGAGAGUUCCGGCUAGAGUCCCACAGUAACUACAUGGGCAAUGGCGUGGAAAUCUUUGAUCCCGAAAAGAUCCUCCAGGAGACAAAGUAUCUCCAUUUCUCGGAUUGGCCGGUUCCAAAGCCCUGGUUUCGGGCCAAUCCUCGGAAUGUCGAACUAACACAGCCUGUGUGCGAUAUGGACCCAGUGACAGCGAGGGCGGAUUGCCGCGCGCGGGAUAUCUGGCUAGGACUUUAUGGGGAUUUCGCUACGCGACGAAGGAAUGUUUGUGGCUUGGACCUCGAGGACAAAAAAGCCAAAACGAGCUUGAACUACUAG